AUGUCUGGUGGUAACGUCCUGGUGAUUGGAAGCGGCGGCCGGGAACAUGCUUUGUGUUGGAAGCUGUCCGACUCACCGUUUGUGCAGAAAGUCUACUGUUCACCUGGAAGUGUCGGGAUUUCCACGACAGACAAAGUGGAGUGCGUGGAGUUAAACAUCAAAGAUUAUACAGCUGUAGCAGAAUGGUGCGAACAACACGAAAUCGACUUGGUCGUCGUUGGGCCAGAAGAUCCUCUUGCCAACGGUAUUGUCGACGCUCUCACACCUUUGGGCAUCCAAUGCUUCGGUCCUACCAAAGCUGGAGCCCAAAUAGAGGCCAGCAAGGAUUGGUCAAAAACAUUCAUGAACAAAUAUCAGAUACCCACAGCAAGGUACAAGUCAUUUACGGAUGCUGCUGCAGCUAAGGAAUUUAUUAACACAGCUCCAUUCCCAGCACUAGUGGUGAAAGCUUCAGGAUUGGCAGCAGGCAAGGGCGUCGUAGUUGCGAGUAACAAAGAAGAGGCUUGUCAGGCGGUAGACGAGAUCCUCGUGGACUCUAAACAUGGAUCAGCUGGUGAAACUGUUGUGAUAGAAGAACUCUUGGAAGGGGAUGAGGUUUCGGUCCUAGCUUUCACUGACGGUGAGACAGUAUCGAUGAUGCCCCCAGCACAAGAUCACAAACGGGUUGGAGACGGUGACACUGGACCCAACACCGGCGGCAUGGGCGCAUACUGUCCCUGCCCACUCAUCACACCAGAUCAGUUACUAGAUGUUAAAGAGCAGGUGCUACAGAGGGCAGUGGAUGGACUGAAAGCUGAGGGUAUCAAAUACGUUGGUGUACUGUACGCUGGUAUGAUGGUGACAAAAUCAGGCCCUGUGACACUGGAGUUCAAUUGCCGGUUCGGUGACCCAGAGACUCAAGUGCUCCUGACUCUGUUGGAAUCUGAUCUCUAUAAAAUUAUGAAGGCCUGCGUGAAUGGUAACCUGAAACAAAUACAAGUGAUGUGGAAUACGAAGCUCUCGGCUGUGGGUGUUGUCAUUGCUUCCAAAGGCUAUCCCGAAACCUCCACAAAGGGCUGCGUCAUCAGCGGGCUGAGCCAGGCGGCGUCGACGCCGGGCACGCUGGUGUUCCACAGCGGCGUGUCGCGCGGCGCCAACGGCUCGCUGGUGACGUGGGGCGGGCGCGUGUUGCUGGUGUGCGCGCGCGCCGCCUCGCUGCGCGCCGCCGCCGCCGCCGCCACGCGCGCCGCCGCGCUCGUCGACUUCCCCGGCGCGCACUACCGCAAGGACAUCGCGCACAGGGCCUUCUCCAAAAUCAACGGCUUGUCCUAUCUCCAAUCUGGCGUAGACAUCGACGCGGCUGCGACCCUUGUGCGUCAAAUCGAACCUUUAGCCACUGCUACUCACAGACGGGGGGUGCUAGGACGUUUGGGGUGCUACAGUGGUCUGUUCCAGCUGUCGGCUAUGAACCCCAACUUGAAGGAUCCUGUGUUGGUGCAGGGGACGGACGGUGUUGGCACUAAACUCAAGAUUGCAGAGAUAAUGAAUAAAUACGACACCCUAGGUCACGAUCUGGUCGCUAUGUGCGUGAACGAUAUUCUGUGCGCGGGCGCAGAACCGUUCGCGUUCCUUGACUACAUGGCGUGCGGUCGGCUGCAGGUCGACGUGGCCACCACCAUCGUCAAAGGCAUCGCUGACGCGUGCAAGCUUUCUGGAUGUGCCUUGUUAGGAGGUGAAACGGCAGAAAUGCCUUCAAUGUAUGACAUCGGCAAGUACGACUUGGCUGGGUUCGCGGUCGGUGUGGUCGACAACCUGAAGCAACUGCCCCGCUCUAAGGAGAUUCGUCUCGGGGACGUCGUGUUGGCGCUACCCUCGACUGGAGUACACAGUAACGGUUACAGCUUGGUGCAGAAGAUUAUGUUGGAAACUGGUCAUAGAUACACAGAGCCAGCUCCCUUCAGCACUACGAACAAAUCCUUCGGAGAAGAGUUCUUGGUUCCUACUGGCAUCUACGUCAAAGACUUGAUGCCAGCUAUCAAGCAUGACCUGAUCAAGGGUCUAGCUCACAUCACUGGAGGCGGGCUACUGGAGAACAUUCCCAGGAUCCUGCCGCCUGGUAUCCGAGUUCGGCUUGACGCCACUAAGUUUAACAUUAAACCUGUCUUUGGAUGGCUACAGGCUAAAGGUGUGGUGUCAGACUUCGAAAUGCUCCGAACAUUCAACUGCGGUAUAGGAAUGAUAGUGAUCGUAGACCCGGUGUGCCUCAACGAGUUCUUGGGCACUGUCGAGGGCGAGAUUACCGUCGUCGGCACUGUGGAGAAUAUUGGCAAAGAGGGCGGUCACCAGGUGGUGGUGGAGAAGUUCCCGGAGGCGAUGGCGCCGCUGACGUCGCCCUACGUGAGCGCGGAACGGGAGGUCCCGCAGAAGUCUCUCUCGUACAAGGACAGCGGCGUCGACAUCGAGGCUGGGGACUCCCUCGUGUCUUUGAUUAAGCCUUUGGCUAGGACGACGUCUCGGUCGGGUGUGCUGGGCGGUCUCGGCGGGUUCGGUGGCUGCUUCCAGCUGAAGGCAGUUGAAGGAGACUAUAAGGACCCCGUUCUGGUACUGGCCGCAGACGGCGUGGGAACGAAACUGAAGAUAGCGCAGAAGAUCAACCAGCACGGCACCAUCGGCAUCGACCUGGUGGCGAUGUGCGUGAACGACAUCCUGUGCAACGGCGCGGCUCCGCUGACGUUCCUGGACUACUUCGCGUGCGGCUCGCUCAACGUCAACGUGGCGCGCAACGUCGUGUCCGGCGUCGCCGAGGGAUGCCGCCAGGCCUCCGCCGCGCUCAUCGGUGGUGAGACAGCAGAAAUGCCCGGUAUGUACGAGCCUGGUGUAUAUGACAUCGCUGGAUUUGCCCUCGGUGUUGUAGAAAGGUCACAGAUUUUACCCAAGAUUAACGAUAUUACGGUCGGUGACACAAUUAUCGGUCUUCCAUCCAACGGUGUGCACAGCAACGGGUUCAGUCUCAUUCACAAGCUCAUGAAGAAAUUAAGACUUACACUUAACGACAGAGCGCCUUUCAGCAAAGAGGGGUUGACACUUGGCGAGGAGUUGAUAAAGCCGACGCGCAUCUACGUGAAGAGCGUGCUGCCGGCGCUGCGCGAGGGGCGCGUGAAGGCCGUGGCGCACAUCACGGGCGGCGGCCUCCUCGACAACAUCCCGCGCGUCAUCCCCGACAACGUGCGCGCGCGCCUCAACGCGCACUGGUGGCACGUGCACCCCGUAUUUCCAUGGAUAGCAGACGCUGGGUCCGUGCAAGAUGACGAGAUGCUGAGGACCUUCAACUGUGGUAUUGGAAUGGUGCUAAUCGUGGCACCCGAGGACCAGGCUGAAGUAAUGAAUAAACUUCGGUCGUUCGGCGCCAUGGUGAUCGGAUCUAUACAGGCUCGUCCACCGACGGGCCCAAGAGUUAUCGUCGACAACUUCGCCUCAGCUCUGGACUUCACUAGAAGAAUGCCUUUGAUGCCCACCAAAAAGGUGGCAGUGUUGGCGUCAGGCAACGGCAGCAACCUGCAGGCGCUGAUAGACACGACGCGGGACCCCGCGCAGUGCAUGUGCGCCGACAUCACGCUCGUCGUCAGCAACAAGAAGGACGCCUACGCGCUGCAACGCGCCGAGAAGGCUGGGAUACCCACACUUGUAUUCAACCACAAGGACUACGCCUCGCGGGAGGAGUUCGAUCGCGCCGUGAGCGAUGCUCUAGAGGCACACAAGAUAGACAUCGUGUGUCUAGCGGGCUACAUGAGGAUCCUGUCCUCCGAGUUUGUUAAAAAGUGGCACGGUAGACUCUUGAACAUCCAUCCUUCGUUAUUACCCAGACACCCAGGACUUCAUGCACAGAAGCAAUGUUUGGAAGCCGGCGAUAGGGAGAGUGGAUGCACCGUGCAUUUCGUUGAUGAGGGCAUGGACACGGGCCCGAUCAUCCUGCAGGAGCGCGUGCCGGUGAGCGCGCGCGACUCGGUGGAGGCGCUGACGGCGCGCAUCCUGGACGCCGAGCACCGCGCCUACGCGCGCGCGCUGCGCCUCGUCGCCACCGCGCGCGUGCGCCUCGCGCACUCCGGCACGCUCAUGUGGUACUCUUAG